GCGACUGGUUCGACACACCAUCGAGUUGGUCGAGGGUGUUGUUCCUCCAAAGGGCUGCGUGUACCGUAUGGGACCCGGCGAGUUGGAGGAACUCCGCCGGCAGAUCGAUGAGAUGAUUGACAAAGGGUGGAUCAAACCAAGUGAGUCUGAAUUUGGUGCUCCUGUGUUGUUUGUGCCAAAGAAAGGAGGCAAACUCCGCAUGUGUAUUGACUAUCGCAGUCUAAACCGCAUCACAAGAAAGAAUGCUUACCCAUUGCCUCGUAUAGAUGACUUGCUUGAUGUUGCAGGCGGGUGCAAGGUCUUCUCCAAGAUCGAUCUCAAGUCUGGCUACCACCAGAUUGAAGUCGAUCUUGAGGACCAGCACAGGACUGCGUUCAAGACGCACGAUGGGCUUCUUACGAACGCACCAACCACGUUCCAAAGCCUCAUGGACAAGGUCCUCCGCGAACAGAUUGGCCGGUUCGUGGUAGUGUACUUGGACGAUAUCCUGAUUUUCAGCAAGUCCAUGGAGGAACACCUCAAGCAUCUUGAGGAGGUACUUGCCAUCCUCAAGAAGACGCAACUCCAUCUCAACUUGGAGAAAUCCGAGUUUGGGAGGGAUAGCGUCAUCUAUCUUGGCCACCGGUUGUCUGCUGCAGGCCUAGAGCCUGAGGCAACUAAGAUUGAGGUCAUACGCGAUUGGCCUCAGCCUGUGAACAUUCGUGAAUUGCGUUCUUUUCUUGGUCUCGCGUCGUACUAUCGGAAGUUUGUACCCCGUUUUUCUAUCAUUGCUCAUCCACUGUCGCGACUAACCAGCAAGAAUGUGUCUUAUUCCUGGGAUGCCGCUUGUACGGAAGCGUUUCGAACUCUCAAGGAAGCCUUGGUAAGUUAUCCGGUACUCCGCAUUGCAGACCCCAAACUGACCUUCGUAGUUACUACGGAUGCAAGUCAGUAUGGGAUCGGUGCGGUGCUGCAACAAGAUGACGGCGAUGGCCUGCGGCCACUCGAGUACUACAAUAAACGCAUGCCCAGCGUAAAGGUAGCCACUUCCACCUACAUGCGCGAGCUUUACGCUUCGCGCAUGGCGUUGGAUCACUGGAAACAUUACCUUUUGGGAUGCCACUUCAAAGUGUUCUCAGAUCAUGAGACCUUGAAGUGGAUCAAAAUGCAGACUACUCUGUCCCCUACCUUACUUCGCUGGUUUCAUGAGAUUGACAUCUUCGAUUUUGAAUUGAGACAUAAAAAGGGUUGUUACAAUCGAGUCGCUGACGCUUUGUCUCGCUACCCUGAGUACAUGACUUGCCUUGUGAAAUCCUACGACCUCCGGAAGAAAUUGAAGGAGGACCUCGGGGCAUUCACAGUAGGAGGCUGUUAUGUAUCUCCAGUCCCUAGGACUGCCAAAACUAAGGUAGUUUUCUGCUACCCUGCAACAUCAACAGACCUGUUCGUUCAGAUCAUCAGCCAUCAGGAUGGGAAAGCAGCAGGCUGCAGCGGCAAAAGCCAGUCCGCAUCUGGGUUUCCACCCUCAACGCUUGAGAGCCCUGUGAUCUCCGGCUUGGAACUGAGAGGUGAGGAGCAUCCUGGAACACCAAGCUCGGAUUUGGGAGAGCAGGAGCGAGCGCCAGAAAGUAUGGUAAUAGAUCGGUGCCGAGAGCGAAGAGAUCGAACGGCGGAAAUGAAGGCAGAUGCUGAUCGACAGCAGAGAGAUGUCAGAAUAGAUUUAACUGAUGAUCGAUUGACAGACAAAGACGUACAGCAACCCAAUCACAACCACUUGCGCAACCGACCCACCCAGGAACUGAAGGGUGGUGGUCACGAAUCGAUGGCAGAGGGCACGGCCAUGGUAGGCUCGGUGGUGCCCGAGAAUGAAGAUCACCAGACUGAAACGGCUGUGAGCGAUAUGGCAGCUCGUGAGCCGUUGAUCAUGGAAUCUGGAGGAGCUACAGGUGGCACGAGCAGGGCGAGGAGAGUUCGAUUACCAUUUAAUACAGUUUGCUUGGUUGAGAGAAGAUUUCAGGUACUGUGUACUCGCAGGAACGGUAUUCAGAAGGAUUCCCCUCACAGAGAAGAACCUGGCACCCCCGCCGCCAGCGAGCAUUUUUCCCAGGCAGAGGUUAUUGGUCGUGCCGCAUCAUCAGGGUUUUCAGAAGUGCCAUUGCAGCCGAGUCCAGUUGAUGAUACAACUUCCUUGGCGAAAGGACCGAGCUUUGGAGUUUGCGUCGAUGCGCAACAGCAUCCGGGAAGUACUGUCGCAGCUACCGUCAUCGGCAGUUGCAGUGAUUUGCAAGUUCUUGAGAUGACACGUGCGUUUACAGAACAACAGCAAGUGAGCGACACCAACAAUGAAUGGUCACCCUGUAGUCCACAGGGGUGCCCGUUUGCGCAAACUACUCCUCCUCCUGUUUUUCUUCGACACAUGGGGGAUUCCGAUUGGGUUCUCAUCCGCCAGCUGGCAGAUGGAGGGCGGGUGAACUGCAACAGUUCGCUGCCAGUUGGGCCUCCAGAUCGACACGGAAAACAGGCUUGGCUGUCAAGCUGUGCUUGUGGGAGAAGGUCCUGCCCACCUACAAUAGGAGAUGUGAGGAGAAGGAAGGUAGGGGUGCAUUAUGCACCUGACAUGAUGCAAAGGGUGACAGAUGCAUGGGCCCACAUGAAACUUCUUCCUGCACCCGUACGGAGGAGCCUUCACGUGGCCGAAGAUGCCGAUGGCCAUAUCCUGGGAAUUCCGGUUAUGGGUCUGAGUCUCUGUGCAAACAUCAGCUUCGAGGCUAAGUUCAGGCCUGAGGUACCACUCAUUUCAGCGUGUAAGGCCAUCUGGGCGGUAUAGUGGCUUCAGGGGAAAACAACACUGUCCGCGCUCUGAACACUUGUGGUUCUUUUUUUUUUUUUUUUUAUAGCAAAAUCCAGCCUCAGACUGGGAGGGGUGGUAUGGGCAUCUCCUUCUAGCAGGCCUGUCGCUGGGCAUUCUUUUUUUUUUUUUUUUCCCUUUCCCACCAUCACCUUUCUUUCUCAAUCAUUAGGAGUAGCCUUUUUUUUUUGUUUUAAUAAAAGCAGGCCCUUAUGGUCCUGGCUCCAUGUCCAUUUCUGGGGACUAGCCAUUUCUGUGGGCAUGUAAUCUGUCAACUGCCUAUGAAGGAAGGAGUUGAUCAAUAAAGAUUGCUAAGCAUU